GUAGUUGUUUUUGUUUUCCUAAUACUGUCUUUCUUCUCUGUCGGAGGUUUCUGAUACGCUUCUCACAAAAGAAAGAGCAGCUUCUGCUGGCUUAUGACUUCUCUGCUUCCAUGUUUCCAUGCUAAGAAUCUUAUGGGGAGGACAAUAGAUUUUAUUUGACACCAAUUUCAGGUUGAAGGUCUGAUUAUAUGAGGUGCAGGGAUCUGUAGGGAUCAGGGUCUAAAGGGCCGACAGAUGGAAAUUAUUCCCAGGGCUCCAUCCUGGAGUCGCAGCUCCCACCAAGGACUCGUUUCUGAUCCGCCUGUACCAGGCCCUGCUCUACUUAAAAAAAAAAAAAAAAGAAAAGAAAAGAAUUUUUCAUACUGGAAAGGCAGAUGGGCGGAAGGACGCUGUUGUUCUGCACCUGGUGACCCUUCAUGGGUCAUCAGCAAGGACGCUGUGGGUGCAGUCCUUCCUUCUGAAGAGUCUCCUGGGUCCCUCCUGGCCCACUCCUCCCUGCCACGGUCUUCAGAGCUGCCACCGCGACAGUCCCCAGCUUCCCGCUCUCCCUGCGGCAGGAAGGUAAUUGAAUACUUGAGUUUAAAAGGAAAGCAAGUCCUUUUAAACUAAAACGCGCCUGCUGGGCUGUAAACAGCUCUUGGUGACAUUAGCGGCUACUCGGAAAAUCUAACAAAGGAGUUAUUUGUGCAGUUGAAAGUCGGAUUUGCCUCAUGAAAGUCCCAAUUUGAAUUUAUUUUUAAUCUUAACUUCAGCCGACCUUUUCUUUCUUAAAAGAGGGGCAAAAUGGGAAAGAGGGGCAUAGCCUCCCCGGUUGGCUGUGCCUGUUCCCUUGGCAGCAUCUGUCCCUGUCCUUCCUUCAUGGUGACUUUGGCUGAGAGGGACAUCUGGACAGUUGGGCUGCACACUGCUGACGCUGAGCAGCUCUUUGUCAUCCAUCGCAGGAUCCAGGUGAAGAGCUCGGCCGUGGAGGCACUGCAGAAGUCACACAUUGAGAACAUUGCCGCCUUCCUGGCCUCUCAGAAUGAAGUCCCGGCUACGCCGCUGGAGGAGCUGACUUACCGGCGCUCCCUGCGAGUGGCCCUGGACGUCUUGAAUGAGAGGACCAGCGUGAGUCCGGAAAGUUGUGCAGUAGAAGAUGGAACCACACUGUCUCAGACAGAGGAGCCAGAUGCAGAUGUGGCCUCGCCGGCCUCCAGCGCUUCUUCUCCAUCUUUCCUUGGUGAAGAUGGUCAAGCUGUGGCAGUUCAGUGUGCAUCCAAGAGGAGAUGGGAGUCCAGCCCAGAAAGCCUGUGGCCGUCGUCUGCACUUGGAGAAGAUCUCAGGGGCAAAGUGGGCCCCAAGACAGACCUCUCAGAGAGUGGAGCCCCAGGAGCUGACGUGCCCGCUCCCAUUGGAGAUGGGUCUCAGGAUGAUUCUGGGUUACAGCUGGGCCAUGGGCAGGAGAGCACAACGAAAAAGAGACAAAGCAACCUGGGAGAGAAACCCACCCGGCGCCGACGAUCAGAGCCUGGCCUUUCCAAGGGAGAAAGUGUCGCAGAGAGUGAGGGAAAGGCCCUGGCUUCACCUAGGCUGCCCUCCGAAACCUGUGAGGAGCAUCCCUGUGCCGGGGUUAAAGGCUGUGACUGGGUCGAGUCAUCAGGCACCAGCGGGCUGCUCCCGGCUUCUGAGAGAAGCAGAAGACGCCCCACAAAGAGGCCACGCUUGGAUGGAGGCCAGAACCCACCCAGCAGGCAGCUGGGGACUAGAACUGUGGGGGCAGUGCCUUCCCCUGGGAGCUGUUCUGGGGAGGCCAGGACGCUGCGCAGUGCUGGAGAGGGUGACAAGCCGGAGGAAGUAGAUCCGAUGUCAUCAGAAGAAUCCACAGGGUUCAAGUCCAUUCACUCCCUGCUGGAGGAGGAGGAGGAAGAAGAGGAAGAGGAGGAACCACCUCGGAUCCUUCUGUAUCACGAACCACGAUCAUUUGAAGUAGGAAUGCUGGUUUGGCUUAAAUAUCAAAAAUACCCGUUCUGGCCAGCCGUGGUCAAGAGUGUCCGGCGGAGAGACAAGAAGGCCAGUGUGCUCUUCAUUGAGGGCAACAUGAACCCCAAGGGCCGAGGAAUCACCGUGUCACUGCGACGGCUCAAGCACUUCGACUGCAAGGAAAAGCACGCACUGCUGGACAGAGCCAAGGAGGACUUUGCCCAGGCUAUUGGCUGGUGUGUGUCACUCAUCACUGACUACCGCGUGCGGCUGGGCUGCGGCUCCUUUGCUGGGUCUUUCUUAGAGUAUUAUGCUGCCGAUAUCAGCUAUCCUGUGCGCAAGUCUAUCCAGCAGGAUGUCCUGGGAACCAGGUUUCCUCAGCUGGGCAAGGGGGACCCUGAGGAGCCUGUGGGCGAUAGCCAGCUGGGUCAGUGGCGGCCAUGCAGGAAGGUGCUGCCCGACCGCUCCAGGGCUGCACGGGACAGAGCCAACCAGAAGCUGGUGGAGUACAUUGUGAAGGCCAAGGGUGCAGAGAGCCACCUGCGCGCCAUCUUGCAUAGCCGCAAGCCCUCGCGCUGGCUGAAGACAUUCCUGAGCUCCAGUCAGUACGUGACAUGCAUGGAGACAUACCUGGAGGACGAGGCACAGCUGGAUGAGGUGGUGGAGUACCUGCAGGGUGUCUGCCGAGACAUGGAUGGCGAGGUGCCCGCGCGUGCCAGUGGGGACCGCAUCCGUUUCAUCCUGGACGUGCUGCUGCCCGAGGCAAUCAUCUGCGCCAUUUCCGCCGUGGAGGCGGUGGACUACAAGACAGCUGAGCAGAAGUACAUCCGGGGCCCCACACUCAGUUACCGGGAAAAAGAAAUCUUUGACAAUGAACUCCUGGAAGAGAGGAACCGUCGCCGUCGCUGAGCCGCAGUCUCCACCUGGCCAGCCAGCACUGUCUAUGACCUGCCAGAGGCCUCCUCGAGAAUGUGCUAGAAGCAAGAGGCCUUGGAGUGUGCUGACUUUGAUCUGUGCGUGGGUUCUGCCUCCAGCCCUGGUCUGGGACAUAAGAUGGUAGAAACCUGCUGGCGUCUGUGAACAGCUGCUUUCUGGAAGUGUAUGUGUGUGUGAGUGUGCGCGUGUGUGUGUGAUAUAUGUGUGUAUGGUGUGUACACGCAUGUAUGUUUGGUUUUACUUUUUAAUUAUUAUUUUGUUUAUAAAUGUGUUUGACUGCA